ACUUCACAAAAAUAUAUUUCUUUUAGUGAUGAUGUCGGAGUAUUACGAUCAUUACCAUCGUUGGGAGCCCUUAGCCGAAUUUCAUUUCUUUUUUGACGAUGAUGAGGAAUUUUACGACGACAAUUACGUUUAUUGUUUAUGUAGUCGAGCUGUAAUAAGAGAUGGAAUAAGAACUUAUUACGCUGAAAAGGAAUAUGGCACUGAAAGUGAAGCAGAAAUUGCAGCCGACUCUCAAUCACAGGAUAUUGACGAUCAUUCUCACGUACAUUUCUCUGUUGACACUUCUUACAAGACUAAAUGUGAGAAAGAUGAAGGCGCCAGUUGCUACUGUAGUGCAUCACAUACAGACAACUAUUGUUCAAAUGAUGAACUAGAUCCUACUCAAAUACAUGGUUUCCCAUCCCAUGCUCUUCAACCAAGCGACAGUGGGGCUGACCUCACAUAUCAGGACUGCCAUUCUGACUACACCACACUUGACAAAAUAGAAAGAAUGGAACAGGAUAUCAUUGAAACCAAUGAGAAUUACCUAUCAGAUAAUACAUGGGAAAAAUUUUGGGCUACCAAUGGUGAAAGACUAAUUUGGGCUUCCUGGAUUAAGAAGUACAGUGACUACAUAAAUCCCACAUAUCUAGAUGAAAACCAUGAUCUUGUUAUGGAUGAUAACAACAUUCCCAAACAGCACUCAGCUGAGCCUUUAUGUAAUAAGGAUAUAGUUGAUUACAGAGAAAAUGAUGACAUUAAGGUUAUGAGAGAGAGGAAAUUCUCUUAUGAUUCAAAAGUCAAUCCUUACAAAAAGACUAGUAAAGACCAGAAUUAUGAAGAUAAAUAUGAUAAACGAAGUGAAAAAGUAAGUGACAAAGAUGAAAUGUGGCUUCCUGCACGUAGAAGACGAUCUUGCUCUGAACAUGAUGGAAUUGUAAGUCCCAGAACACUUCCAGGGACAGAUUCCAUGACAAAUGUAACAAAACUAACUCUUUCGAGUUAUAAUGUUACUUCCAGUCAUGUAACCUCAGAAUCUACGCCUACAGAUGACUAUAGUGUUUCAUCAUCAACUUCCACAUCUGACGAUCAAUUAAAUGAUCAGACAAGAAUCAUAAAUAUUGAUGAUAAUUCAGAACAAAUGCCAUCUGAAGAUUUAGAUACUGAACAAUAUUGGCAAUUCCUAUGGAAGAAACAUUUUGGCGAACAAUAUGCUUUGCACUACGCAAAUUAUAUUGAAUGUCAUGAAAUAAGAAACAGAGAAAUAUCUGCUUUGAAUGUACAAGAAAGUAAAAUUGAAGAAUUGAAAGGUUUGGAUAAUGAGUGUGAGAAUAGUGAAGGGAAUUCACAGGAACUGCCUUCUGUUAUUGAAGUUCAAACCCAAAUCGAUAAAAUUAACUUAGAAGAAAAGAUUGUCAAGCCAAAAAGGAGGACUAAAAAUGCAAGUAAUCGUAUCAUUAGCUCCGUGGGUGUACUGCUACAAAAUUUACUCAAAGAACAAAAGGACAAGUCAUUCGACGAAGCCUUUGAUGGUGAAGAUGGAACAACUAAUAAUGAAAAGUCUGAGUCAUUGGUAAUGGAGAAGAAUGAAAAUACAACUGGAUCAAAUAAUCUGCAAAACAACAGCAACGUUUCCAAACACGAUUAUUAUGACGGAGACGACGAUCCGCCUGAAGAAAAGCCGGUCUCAUUAAAGAGAAGUCAUGAAAUUGAUGACGAAGAGGUGAAUUCAGAAAAAGUAAAAUCAACAUUCCAAAUCAUGGGUUUCUCAUUCGACUCAGAGAAGAUGCCGAAGGGUCAGCUUAUUUAUAGAAAGCGGUUAGGGAGAUUGCGUCCGCCACGGUACAAGCGAUCCGGAGCGUCGAAGAAAACAUAUUUUGAUGAUGAAGGAAAACCGUAUCACUUGGAACAGAAUCAAGAAUCACAAGAUGAAGGCGAAAUGCUUACCGAUUAUGAUGGUCCAGAACUACAAUCAGAUGGUGAGAAAAAUAACUCAGAUAUCAAAUUAGAAGAAAGCACAAACAAUGAUACAGAAAACAAUGAUUCUAAAGAUAAAGAGAUUGAAAGCGAAGCUACAUCUGAAAAUACAGCAGAUAUUUUACAAGAGAACGUAGAACAAUCGCAGAGUGAUGUUAUUGAAAGCAAAAACGAUGAACAAACGGAUGUUCAUGUCGAAAUAACAAGUCUAAACAAACGCAGGCGUCGACCGAAAAGAUAUCCUCGAAUGGAGGAUUAUGAUACAACAGAUAUGCCAAUUGAACUCAAAGGAGAUGAGAAAAUGUUUAAGUAUUGGAAGAAACGACAUUCACUGUUUCAUCGCUUCGACGACGGUAUUCAGCUGGACCGCGAGAGCUGGUUCAGCGUGACGCCGGAGAGCGUGGCGCGCCACAUCGCCGACAAGUGCGGGCGCGACCACGUGGUGGACGCCUUCUGCGGCGCCGGCGGGAACACCAUACAGUUCGCGCUCACGUGCAAGAGAGUAACCGCCAUAGACAUCGAUCCAGCGAAGAUAGAAAUGGCAAAACACAACGCCGAAGUUUAUGGUGUAGCAGACCGAAUAGAGUUUAUUGUGGGAGACUUUUUUGAAAUAGGACCAACUCUAACAGCGGACAUGGUGUUUUUAAGCCCUCCGUGGGGAGGGCCGAAUUAUUCUGAUAAUUAUGAAUAUGAUAUAGAAACUAUGCUGGAACCCAAACCUGCAUCAGAAUUAAUGAGGAUUGCUCGGGAUAUUAACUCGAACAUAGCAUUGUACUUACCGAGAAACACAAGAAUGGAUCAGAUACUUUCCAUUGCUCAAGAAGUUGGUGGUUCUGUAGAGAUAGAACAAAGUUAUUUAGAUAAAAGAUUUAUAGCACUUACUGCUUAUUUUUAUUAGAAAUAAUUGUAAUACUGAAUACAUCACACAUUUUCAAGUAUGUAUAUCAAUUUUCAUGAAUUGCUUUAAGCAUCCCAUAUUUUCAUCAAUAAAAAAUGUUGUUAAAAUUUUAUGAUUACAUUAAGAAGUGAAAAUAAUAUGUCUCAAAAUUAAUUGAUUAUUCAAAUUAUAAUUAAUAUUUAUAAUAGAUUUAAAAUAUAUUCAAAUAAAUAUUUCAGUAUAUAGCUCUGUAAUGUUCCGAGUUACCUGCAUUUAAACUGUCUUAACAAAUAUAUGAAUAUAGUGUAAUUUUACAAUAUUUUUAUAUUACCUCAAUGUUGCUUUUUUUUGUACAUAUUACACAGUACAUAUAACAGCGCUGUUUUUUUAUUUUAAUAAAAAGUAACAAGCAAUAACUAUACUAAUAGGGUUAACACUACUUUUUUCUUACCUAACAUUGUAUUUUAAAAUAAAUAUAUUUAAAUAGAAGAUGUAUAUCGCAAUAUGAAAACAAUAUGUAAAUUGCCUUAAAAUUUGAAAGCUACAGUUUUAAAAAUAAAUAAAAAUAAGAGUACUAUAUUAUUAUAAAAUUUAAGAAUUUCAUCAAUUUAUAUCUAUAUCAAGGUUUGCUAUAUAUGUUCUCUUUUUGAAGAAAAAACAAUGUGUAAUCUUUUUACGCAGUCCUUAAGCUAUUGUGUAUCAAAUUACUUCAACUUGCAUUUAGUAAAUAGAUAGAUAUUUUAUCUAGCAGAAAUAUAUUGUAAUGCACUGUAGAAAUUAAUUUUCAUGUGUCAAAAAUUAUCUGUGUAUUAUUUUAAGUGUUACCGUACUUAUGUAAACAAUAAAUUUGAAAAUCGCCUAUUGGCACGUAGACAUCUGAUUGUGUAUUUGAUGAGAUUGAUAUUCUGGUAUUGAAAACUCAAAUUUAAAAAUUUAUAACUAAAGUCAGAUAUGUAUGUGAUUGAAUGCAUUUAUAGAUGAAUACCUAUUUGUAGGCCUUGUGUGUGUGACCAUAAAUGUUGUGAUCUCUGUAAAUAUUUGUUGAUGAUAUUAUACAACUUCAACUGUGA